AUGACCUGGACCUCCCGAGUCCCGGAUCUACCACCCCCGCCCCUGGGUAACCUUAAGCAGGUUACACAAACGUACCUGUAUGCAGCCUCCUCACAGCCUUUGCAAGGCUACAAACCUGAGGGUCAGUUUCCCUCACUGCACCCCCAGCCCCUCCCCCAGCAGACCCGUUGCUCCCCCGACGUCCCUCCAGCCUGCCCGCCCCCCUGCCCCCCACAUCGCCACCCAGGGCCCUCACCAGCAUCCUUGCCUGGAGGUCCACACCAGCUGCCCGCUGGCCUCCCGGCUGCCACUCCUGUUCACUGUCACGCCGCUCUGCACAACAGAAUGAGCCUUGAAAGUGCAAAGCAGCCGCCUGUCUGCUCCAAAUCCUUCAGUCAGCUCGCCCCUCAGCAGGUGCUGUUCUAA